CAACCUAACCAAUCAGAUUUUAGAGGUGGGUGGGACUAUGUUUAGUUUUUAUAUGUUUACUGGACAAAGCAAGUUGAUUUACAACUCCGUCUCAGUUUGUGCUGGUAACUUGAUUACAAGCAUGUCUAACGCGGAAAAGGGUGGCUGUGGAGGAGGUAUGGCUACAGACAGUAGAAAAGCACCUGGCCGAGCAGGCAAUCUAACAGAAGUGGAUGCCUUUUAUGGAAGUGGCAUCUCUUUGGACCCUGCAGAGGAGUACAAGUUCGACCACAAGCGCCGUGGCCUGGUGCUCAUCUUCAACCAGGAGAACUUUUUCUGGCAGCUGGGCUUGAACCCGCGCUACGGCACCAACGCUGACCGCUUCAACCUGGAGAAAAGAUUUGAAACGUUGAACUUUGAGGUCAACGCCUAUGACAAUUUGAAGAGGGAAGAAGUUUUGGCGAAGAUCACCGAAGCGGCGGAGUCUAACCACGUGGACGCGGACUGCUUCAUGUGUGUGUUCCUGAGUCACGGCGAGAACGACCACGUGUACGCGUACGAUGGAAAGAUCAGCAUCCACGACGUCACCGCCUUGUUCAAAGGAGACAAGUGCCGAAGCCUCGUCGGGAAGCCUAAGAUCUUUAUACUACAGGCUUGCCGUGGGGACCAGCAUGACCUGGCAGUGACCCCUAUGGAUGUGGUGGACAGCGAGGCGAAGGUGAACGAGGUGGUGGUGGACGCUGGUGUCCUCCACACACUGCCGGCAGGGGCGGACUUCCUCAUGUGCUACUCUGUGGCCGAAGGGUACUACUCCCACAGGGAGACGGUCAACGGCUCCUGGUACAUCCAGGACCUGUGCGACACCCUGCGUAGCUUCGGCGAGUCCCUGGAGUUCACGGAGCUGCUGACGCUGGUGAACAGGAAGGUGUCCCUGCGCAGCGUUGGCCACGCCGCCGACCGCAGCGCCAUCGGGAAGAAGCAGGUGCCCUGCUUUGCCUCCAUGCUCACCAAGAAGCUCUAUUUCCGAACCAAACAGUAGGCGACUGUACGGCGUAUCGCUGAGCCCUUGUCCCACUUUCGUUUACCUAAAGCCCAGCUUUUGGAGCUUUGAUUUUAAAAAUGAAAUUUCUCUUCCUGUACUGUGUAACCUUCUGACCAAAGCUUUCAUUUGAGUUCAAAGUGUCUUCUUUGUAUUUGAACGAACGAUAUUGCUGCAUUGAGCAUUCGCCAAGUUUUUAAUCAAGAGAUGGUCACUUAGUGCAGGUUUAACAAUGAUUGAGUGGAAUUCACGUGUUCAAUGCAUAUCUUUGUUAUUCAUCAAUGCUGUGAUGCCACUUAGUCCCUCACCACUUCAAAUGUCGGUACACGUUUGCUCAGUUCCAAAUAUGAUUCUGUUGUUACUAUACUGAUAUGAUGCCAGCGCCAUUUUGUAACAACCACAUCUACAUCAUGAAGUACAGUGCCUUUCUUGUUCAACCCUUGUUAUCACAGAUAUGCUGACGUGUUCAACCAAUGAGCCUAACUUUACAAAAAUGUCCCAUUCUUGAAAAGUGUAAAAACACAACGGAAGACGUAGAUAAAGUAAGACGGAAAAUGUAUCACUAACUGAUCUAAUGGACCUUUUAAGCAUAUGUCAUCAAAAAAGGGAAUUCAUGUUUGUCUUGUGAUGUAGGGCUUUAGACAGAAAAUGUCACUGAGCUUGUUUUACAAUCAGAGUCGGAGUCAAACACAUUCUUAGCAUAGAGGUGUGUGUAUGUUAAAGAUGUUGGUUUAAACCAUGCACACUGUGUGACACACUACACUUCUCAGGGAGUCAGUCCACCUGCACACACUACAUAUGCGACGCAUGUGUUUUUAUAGUGUUGUGGUGUUCUAUCCUUACACGGGUUUACAUUAAACUACAUAUGCAGCUGAUGCCUACAUUAAACAAAUAUUUACAAAUCAUUCCUUUAAGCCUCUGACAAGGCAAAUCCGUGUUUUCAUUUUAAGUAUGUAAUUAAGGGCCGUUUAUACAUCUAAUUUGCAUCAAAAAAUUCUAAUGGUUUAUUUACUCAAAGGUUAUAUGCACAAUAAGACAUUCAAUUUUACCACAUAUAUGAAUGUUAUUUUUGGUAACUUGUCAAAGGCUUUAGGAACAACUCAGGAAAGUUGUUUUCCAUCCACAACCGACACUUAAAUUGGUUGGGAGGAUUCCCCAACAGUUUCUCUUUUCAUAAAACGUGUACCAUCAGGGAAAGAAUGCACAACAUAAUGUUCUGACAAACAAGCUGCAACUUGUUGCAUUUCAGUUGCUCUGCUUAUUGGGAUACAGAUUGGGACCAAUGCAUUGGCAACGUUUACCAUUUUUAACAAAAAAUUAUCCUCUAUUGUAUAUGUUAUGACGGUGUCAUUUAGUUUGAAGCCCAUCGUGGUUUGUGUGUGACCGGAUACCGCAUGGGUUGUUCCUCAGGUUGUGCGGAAUAUGAAUUAUGGCAAGUGUUUGGUUUGAAAGAUCACUGAGGUAAAAAAUAAACUAUGAAACCACA